AUGGGCGUGCGGAGCAGGUCGAAAUCCAUUACCCUACCCAGGGCCGGCGGCGGCGGCGGCGGCGCCGACUUGAUCAGCGAGCUCAGCGAUGACUUGCUCGUGCGCGUCCUCGAGGUGCUGCCCGACGCGAGGGACGCCGUGCGCACCCACGCGCUCUCGCGGCGGUGGCGCGCGCUCUGGACGCGCGUCGCCGUCCUCCGCUUCGACUCCGACACACGGCGGCGGGAGUUCAGGGAGCCCGGCGGCCCCGGGCGGUUCGUCGCCUUCGUCGACCACGCCCUCGCGCUCCGCGCUGCCGAGAAGGAGCCCGCGCUCGAGCACCUGGAGAUCUCGUUCGACCUGAGCGUGCACGAAGAAGAAGCAUCAUCGGAUCCAGAGCAGCUGGUGCCGCCGUCCACCGAAGCCGCACAGCGGUGGAUCCGUUACGCCAUGCAGCACGAGGUGAAAUCUUUAACCUUCAAAGUGGACCUACCGUUGCCUCUCUUCAACGACGAAGCCGACGACGAUGACGAUUUUUACAGUGGGAAUAAUGUGAUGACCCUUGAUGACCUACCAUUUAGCUCUGCAAAGCUGGAGACCAUGCGCUUGAACUUGAGUGCCGUAAGACUUCGGCUGCCCUCGACAGCAGCGUUCGCGUCCCUCACAGAUCUCUCACUUGAAAACAUGGAGGUUGGAGCUGGCGGCGGCCGCCUCCUUGGCCGCCUCGUGUCGUCGGCAUGCUGCCCACGCCUGCACAGGCUCCGGCUGGUGGGACUUGAGCUUGCUGAGAUGGAGGAGGAGGAGCCGCCGCUUCUGAUCGAUGCCGGCGCGCUUUUGGAGCUAUUGCUUCUCGAGUUUGAUGAACUGCUAUUCUUGCAACUCCGGACUCCUAGCCUCCGGGUUCUCCAUGUGAAGGGUUGCUACGAGCUUGAGGAACUCACGGUCUCUGCUCCGAGGCUAGAGGAUGUCAAGUUCUUGGUACGGCAGCCUUUGCAUAUUGAUGGUGACUUGUCAAGCGUAGCAAGACUCGAGAUUGAGUUGAGUUCAUCACAAGGGUACCUAGGCGAUGACAGAAACGAUGGUAGCAUUCGCCUCCUCGAAUGUUGUAGUUUAAUCAGAUGCCUUGAAGUGUCUGUUGACGUUCCCGAGGUAUGCCAUCUAAGCACCCAUCUAAUUGAUCGAUAAUGCUCCAAAUGCGCAUCGAAGGAAUUGCAGACUCUGUAUGUGUUCCUGUAUUAUUUGUUCAAUUAUCAUUCGAUGAACUUGAAUAUUUCUACUAGCUAGCUAUAUAGUUUGAUUUGCCUUGAAAUUGUUGAAACAAUGAACGGAAGGAAAAUUAUGCUGUACAUGACAUGCAUAUUGUUCCUUCGUUAAAUUAUUAGCUGCAGGAUACUAGUUUCUUUGCUGCUAGACGUAGCCAGUUUGUUUUUCUGGUGUCGCUGCACGGCGUUUGCCAAAAAUGAAGAACGUCCUACAAAAUUUCUCUGACCGACUCAUCCACAAGCAAAUAGAAGAGAUUUAGUUUCUGCUGGUUGACAAUGUUUUGCUUACCACUUCUAUUGUUUUUUGCUGUUUUGCCCUUUCUUAAUUUGAUCAGAGAAAGCAGCAAGACGUUGACAUAAUCAAAGGUUCAAUUCCGCAGCUUCCUCAUGUGGCAUCCUUGAAAAUUCAUGUCACACUGCGGGAACGACGUUGUUCCUAUGCAGCUGGCGGCAUAGCAAGUCUCCUUGCAUAAUGCAGUAAUAUUAGACACCUCGGCCUAAAUUUUUGCUACAGGAAGAAUGACCCAAAAUUGGAUCUCGCGUGUGAUAACUCGGCUUCGCUCAGCUGGGAAUCCCAUGAGCUCUCCUUACCUCAUCUCCAGGGGGCAGAGUUCGAGAAGUUGAUGGGGACUGAUGACGAACUCCAUCUCAUUCAGUUCAUACUAACAAGGGCCUCAGGAAUUCAGAAGGUAGUCUUUAGUUUCGACAGAAAAUACUGGUCAAAAGGCGGCCAAGAUGGUUUUCUACUUAUGCCACCGCUAGCCGGUGGGUCCUGGACUACUUGGAAUACUGAUGCUAAUUUGUCGUACAACUGCUGGAGGCGUUGUGCAUGACAGCAUGAGUGGAGACCGACAGUAGAGAUCGAAGUCCUUAGCUUGAACAGUUUGCACCACACAUGCUAAACUAAAUAAGCGUUUGCAUGAAAACUAUUGCAACCUGCAGUUACAAACUGUAAGUCUUCAGGAAAUAUGAGCAGAAAGUCCCUAGUUAGAAGUUCCUUGUAUAUCAUGCUAUUUUUUCUUGAUGUAUAAAGAUUGAAGUGCAUGGACUACUACUAAGAGAUUGCAGUUAUAU